GGUUGUGUUUCAUCUUUUUUUACUGUAAUACUUCCCCUAAUAUACUAACUGAGGAAAAGAUAAUUAAGGACAAGAGAGAUAUAACUGUUUGACAAAUAGGUAAACAAUGAUCAAUGCAACCAUUUUUAGUGAAUUUUCCUUAACAGGAUUAAAUGGCACAACAACAAAGCAAAGAGUCACUCUUUUCUCUUUCACCUUGUUGUGUUACAGUGUGAUUUUGCUUGUCAAUGGUGCUCUUAUUGUUACUAUCAUACUGGAGGAAAAGCUUCAUGAACCCAUGUACAUAUUCCUCUGUAAUCUGUGCAUUAAUAGUAUUUUUGGGACAACAGGCUUUUACCCCAAAUUCCUUUUUGAUCUAUUGUCUAACACUCAUGUCAUAUCGUAUACUGGUUGUCUGUUUCAGGUUUUUGUUAUAUACCUCUAUGUAGCAACUGAUUUCUCUAUUCUAACCCUGAUGGCGUAUGACCGAUAUGUGGCUAUAUGUCGACCGCUGGAGUAUCACUCUGUUAUGACUAAACAUAGGGUUGUGUUGUUGGUGUGUUUCUCCAGAUUUGUACCUUUCCUCUGUCAUGGUAUUGUGGUGAUAAUGACCUCUAAACUGGAAUUAUGUGGCUCCCACAUAGGAAAACUUUAUUGUGAUAACUGGUCAAUCCUUAAACUUUCCUGCAGUUCAAUAACAACAAAUAAUAUUGUUGGAUUUAUGGUCAUAGUGUUCUAUUGCGGACAUGACCUUUUCAUUAUGUGUUCAUAUGUGCUGUUGGUAAAAUCAGCUUUAAAGUCAAGAGAGGGUAGAGGGAAGUUUAUGCAGACCUGUGUGCCACAUUUCUUAUGUUUGCUUAAUGUCACGGUCGCUUUGCUUUUUGACCUCAUGUACGCUAGAUAUGGAUCCAGCUCUAUAUCACAGAGUGUAAAGAACUUCAUGGCCGUACAGUUUCUCAUGAUUCCACCCAUUCUCAACCCUAUAAUUUAUGGACUUAAACUGACGCAAGUACGCAACAGUUUUCUAAGUUUGUGUACAGACAACAAACGUUGGUUAAAAGAUUAGGCUGAUACAUUGUGAACCUGUGUGACCUUUCUUUCAAAGCAUGGGCGUAUAUCCAACUACAUGAAACCUCUGUUCUGUGUCUGCUUUCAGAAUUUUUCACAUAAUAGUUCUUUAAACAUUUCAUGAUAUCAUUUGCAAAUCAUUCAUGAGGAAAAACACUACACUAUUAGUGUCAAAGGACGCUGAUUCCACAUGUAUGAGAGUAUCAACACAUUUGUCAGUUACAUGAGUUUUUCUUAUUCAGUUUUCUCUGUUUCAGAGACGUGUUGAUUAAACUUGGUCAUUCUGGAGACCGUA